GUGGCCUUAACCGUUGUUUUCUUUUCGUUUGUAAGGUUAAAUCUACAAUUCAUAUUUUCAGUGUAAUAAUAAAAUACGGCAUUAAGAUAAUACUUCGACAAACAAUGGGGUGUGUGACGUCAUCAGUCGCGCGACUGUAGUCAUUUGAUGAAAUCUCCUAACAGCAACGGCCAGCUUCGUGAACACCGCCGCUUCGGUAUCAUUUAUGAAACAAAUUUAUUAUUAUUUCUUCAAACCGCCACAAUGUGGAAAGAGUUGGACGAGGAAGAGGAUGAACCUUGUCGAGCGAGAGAGGAGAGCCAAGUGAAACGACGAGAUCCGGAAGCAGUUUCCAAGACUCGAAUUGUGCUACACAUGGAAGACACCCAGCAGCGGAUUUCUUGUCGAGUCAAAGAAGAAGAGGUGGCGUCACCGACCCCUCAUGUUAAUGAUGACGAGGAGGAUCGACAGCCCCGCCACGUCAAAGAGGAAGAGGAGGAGUUCCCACUGACUGUCGUCGUCGUGAAGGGUGAAGACGACGAAGCCGAACCGCCCGAAACGUCUCAGCUUCAUCACUGCAGUCCGAGGAGAGACCACUGCAGAGGACCACCGUUGUCACAUAGCGACGACGUAGAAGAUACCAGCGACACAGGCGAUGACGACAACAAACUCUCAGAAACGGAGACGAGCAAAGGACGCUUCAGUUGCUCCAACUGCGGCAAGAGCUACGCAUACAAGUGCAGCUUGACACGACACAUGCAGACACACACGGGGGAAAAACCCUUUGUGUGUUCCAUUUGCGGCACCAAAUUCGUCCGAAAGGUGGCGCUGAUCGCGCACGCCGCCGCGCACACCGGAAAGAAGUCAUUUGUGUGCUCCCAGUGCGGGAAGAGCUACUCUUACCAGAGCAGUCUAAAUGCGCACAUGCAGACGCACAACGCUGAGAAGCCCUUCAGUUGCUCGGUGUGCGGCGAAGGCUUCAUUCAGAAAGUAGCCUUGAUUGCGCACACGACAACGCACACCGGAGAGAAGUCGUUCUCGUGCUCGGUGUGCGGUAAAGCCUUCUCUUAUAAGAGCAAUUUGAAUAUACACAUGCGCACGCACAAGGAGGAAAAGUCCUUCAGUUGUUCGGUUUGCGAUAAGAGAUUCUACCUAAAGUCUAUUAUGGUGUUACACAUGAGAACGCACAGUGGGGAAAAACCUUUUAGCUGCUCCGUUUGUGGUCAGAGGUUCACACGGAAGGUGAAUAUGAUUAAACACAAGAGAUCACACAUGGAACUAAAUAAGACUCCUGAUGUUUUCAAUUAAAUCUGAAAGUUUUAUUUGUAAUCCAUUGUGGUGGUGUAUAAAGGUACAACACGAUGUAUAUGUUCAAUGUCUAUUAAAGUUCUCAUACAUAGAAAUAUGCUCAGAAGUG